GCACUUUGUCUGUAUUUGGGUUUUGUUUAUCCUAACUGAUCUUCCGCCUACCUCGGCUAUUCAGUAGCGGUGUUUGCGUGUUCUUGGCGUGUUCUCUUGAUUCACUGUUGCGAUAAUGAGUUCCCAAAAUAACCAUAUCAACUUAGUGGUUAUAGGACAUGUAGAUAGUGGGAAAUCCACUACUACCGGACACCUCAUUUACAAAUGCGGUGGAAUUGACAAACGUGCUAUCGAAAAGUUUGAGAAAGAGGCUGCUGAGAUGGGUAAAGGUUCUUUUAAAUAUGCUUGGGUAUUGGAUAAACUAAAGGCUGAACGCGAACGUGGAAUCACAAUCGAUAUUGCACUAUGGAAGUUCGACACCAAUAGGUACAAAGUCACAGUUAUUGAUGCACCUGGCCAUCGUGACUUUAUCAAGAAUAUGAUCACAGGAACAAGUCAAGCAGACUGUGCAAUGCUGAUUGUUGCGGCUGGUGUUGGGGAGUUUGAGGCAGGUAUUUCCAAGAAUGGUCAAACAAGAGAACAUGCACUGUUGGCAUACACGUUGGGUGUCAAGCAGUUGAUUGUCGCGAUUAAUAAAAUGGACUGCACUGAGCCACCUUUCUCUGAAGAUCGCUACAAAGAAAUCGUUAAAGAAGUUUCUGGUUAUAUCAAAAAAGUUGGUUACAAUCCAGCUUCAGUUCCAUUUGUGCCGAUCUCUGGCUGGCACGGUGAUAAUAUGGUAGAAAAGAGUUCAAAUAUGCCUUGGUUCAAAGGUUGGGAAGUUGCAAAAGUAAAGGAUGGAAAGACUGAAACUGGCUUCACAUUGAUAGAAGCAAUAGAUAAGAUGGAUCCACCCUCAAGAAUGACUGAUAAACCAUUAAGAAUACCCCUCCAAGAUGUUUACAAGAUUGGUGGGAUUGGUACUGUUCCAGUUGGUCGUGUGGAAACUGGGAUCAUCAGACCUGGUAUGGUCGUCACCUUUGCUCCGCAAGGUUUGACAACUGAAGUCAAGUCAGUAGAAAUGCAUCACGAAGCGCUUCAGGAAGGUGUGCCUGGUAACAAUGUUGGAUUCAAUGUUAAAAACGUGUCUGUCAGUGAAAUCCACCGCGGUAAUGUUGCUGGGGAUUCCAAAAACGAUCCUCCUAAAUCAGCUGAGAGUUUUAUGGCCCAAGUAAUAGUCAUGAAUCAUCCAGGUGAGAUCAAAAAUGGUUAUUCUCCAGUCCUUGAUUGUCAUACUGCACAUGUUGCCUGCAAAUUUAGUGAAAUAACAGAGAAGCUUGAUCGACGAUCAGGGAAGAAGAUUGAAGACAAUCCAAAAAGCAUUAAAAAUGGUGACGCAGCAAACGUGAAUCUUGUACCAUCUAAACCCAUGUGUGUUGAAACAUUCCAGCAGUACCCUCCGCUCGGUCGCUUUGCCGUUCGGGAUAUGAAGCAAACAGUAGCUGUCGGUAUCGUUAAAUCUGUCGUCAAGAAAGCAGAUGCGGGAAAAGUAACAAAGUCCGCCGCAAAAGCUGCAAAGAAAAAGUCCUUACAGACUAGAAACAAUUAAUAAUUUAGAAAGCAAUACAGUACACAUAAUUUAUGUGAAGGAAGAUCUUGAGUGAAAUUAGAUUUGGAACCCAAAUGUAGAUUAAUGGAAAACAAUGAUCGUGGAGGAAUCUAAAGAUUUGCUCGUACAUUUACUAACUUAUAUGAUUACCCAUAGCCACUCCAUCAAUUUGAAAAUAUAAGACAUUAUUGAAUUUAAGUCGAAUAUGUUUGAUACAUAUGAGUAAAUCUACUUGAAUUUAUCCUCUGAUAUGGGAAGUAGGACAGUGUUUUGAUGUAUAAUUUGCAUGGUUCCUCCUAAUGGAAUUGAGGUAAAUAAUGAUAAUAUAUCAAGUGAAACCAUGAAUUUAUCAAGAAGUUCAACCUUUUCCUGAAUUUGAGUAAAUUAAUUAGUCUUUCAAGUUGCAAACAGAUAAAUUUG